GAAAUUUUGAUUCUUCUCUCCACAAGCGAUAUCUUCACAAUAAUUCGCCCCGAAGUCAAUUUAAAAAACUACCACUUGUGGUUCAAUACAAUCGAAAUAUUUCGCCCACAUUUAAACAAAAACCAGAUUUGUUCAUACGUCGUAAAACACGUUGUUGCAAGUGGCGUUUUGUCGAAAAGUGACGAAACGUGGGUUUUGAACCCGAAACAUGACGAUUUGUUACGAGCCAUAGACGAGUGUGUUAACAACAUCACCGAUCCCGAACUGGCAACGUCGGUAAUGUACCACGUGAUGACCAACACUUGUCCCGGAUUGGACCAAGUCAAGGCCGCCAGUCUGUGCUACAAAUAUGCCACGAAAUAUCGACAACUAAACCCCGAUUCGAGUGCGGUCGAGAAGGCUGUGACCAAAGUCGAGAAAAAAUAUUAUAUGUACCGUGCGUUGCACAUCCUGAAUGUGCAUCACUUGACUGAUUCCAAAUACAUUGAUUUGUUGACGCACCCGAAUGAUUUGAUCCUAGCUUUGUAUCUCGAUGAUCGCAUUUUGGACGAUUUUCAUUGUGUUGAGAUCAACAAGGCGAGCGAGGCGUUAGCCGAGCUGUUUCAGUUAGAUAUUAAAAAAAUUCGCUUGAAGUUGAUUAAUUCGUGGUUGGAUGAUCAGGCGUUGGUUGAUUUUGACUCCUCGGUGAUUGAAUCGAAUUGCAGUGAGGAGAGUUGUUUGAAACGCAUUGCAUAUAUUUGUAGCGGAGAUCAGGUGACUUAUUGGCAAACUGUUCUUUUGGAGAUUUGUCAGAAAGGCGAGAGUGUUCGUUGUAGAGCCAAUGCCUUGCGUGUGUUUGCGAUGAUUUCGGAUGUUGAAACUAUUGAGACAAUGGCCGAAAUGAGUUAUGACAAAUUGAUGUUGUUUAUUAAUAGGCUGACACUUGUUGGUAACUUGGAAUAUUUGGGAUUUGGUGUAGAUGUUGCCGUUCUGGACCACACAAAUAGGCAAUCCUUGUUGAAUCGGUUGGUGCAACAAGGUGGCAAUGCUUUCGCUAUUAAAACAAUGGCUUUGUACUGUAUGACGUACCAGAUUUAUGGUGCGAAAUAUUGGGAGUUUGUUUUAAACAACGCUGUCAAAUUUUCUUUGUUUACCGAAUUGAAAACCUAUGUUACGUUCCUCAGCAAAAGUAAAUACCAGUACAAGGGUUUUUACAUAAAUGCUUGGCAAAAAUUGAUUGAUUAUUAUUUCUCCAACUUGAAUUGUGCCAAUAAUUUGGACCAAACACUCCUCAAACAUUUCCUAACAAUUCAGUCGUGUCCCGUUUUGUUCAGUCUUGAUUUUAAUCAUGCAUUUGCAAAGUGUUUGGAGGUAAAGAAAGCAGAAUUUGCCGCAGUUUUAUUACAAUACCUCCAAAAAAAUGACACCUAUUUUUCGAACGUCGAGAAAGUACGUAAUUGUAGUAAGGAAAUAAUGUCAGGUUUGAAUUAUUUGGACCAGAAUGGAAUCUUGGGGAUAUCGAGUGUGCGGGAGAUUUUACAUAAUAGUGUUUGAUUAAUUUUCUGUUUUUUUUUUGUUUUUUCAUUAAUA